AUGGCCCUAGCGGGCGCGAUCGCGGUCGCUGAAAGGGAAAAGAGCCCGUACGAAGUUCUGAGAGUGAAGGAAACCGCUUCGAUCACCGAAAUCAAGGCGGCUUAUCGGGCUCUAGCGAAACGGUACCAUCCGGAUGUGAACCGGGUCGGGAAUGGUAACGGGUCGGAGUUUGUGGAGAUGCAAGCGGCGUACGCCACUCUAUCGGAUCCGGAGGCAAAAGCGAUGUACGACAGGACAGUAGGGUUUGGACGGGUCGGAUCUUAUCCGGGUUCGGGUUUUAGGGUCCCAAGGAGGAGGUGGGAAACUGAUCAGUGCUGGUGA